GUUCCUGCAGGUGAGCCAUGUCUGACGGCGACCUGUUGGCGGUGACGGUCUCGCAGUGGACAGGGUUCGACCCGCCCGUCCCGGCUAACCACACCGACACCCCGCCGCCCUACUUCCUCAACGUGACGUACGACGAGCUCGAGUACUCCACACCGGGCCCCAACGGCACGGCUUGGGAGGACGACAUCGCCUACAACCGGCACAGCCGAGUCAUCGCCCUGGGGGUCCUCUUCACCGCCGGGCUCUGCGGUAACCUCUGCGUCUGCAACUGGAUGCGCGUGCACCGCAAGAAGAAGUCCCGCCACAACACCUUCGUCUUGAACCUGACCGUGGCCGACCUCCUGGUGACGCUCAUCACCGUGCUGUCACAGAUCAUCUGGGAGCUGAUGGAGCUCGCCUGGAUGGCUGGGGACGUGGGCUGUCGGGUGGUCAAGUUCGGACAGGUCUUCGCCAUUAUCGCCUCCUCCAACAUGAUCGUGCUGCUGGCGCUGGAUCGGCACAACGUCAUCAUGAAGCCCUUCAGCUCCCGCUGGCGGCCCUGGAAGAUCACGGCGGCAGGCUGGGUCAUCUCCCUGCUGCUGGCCGCGCCACAGGCAUACGUCUUCCGCGGGGGCCAGGACGAAGAUGGCGUCCCUUACUGCAGGAGUAUCUUCUCCUCCCAACCUGCGUGGCACCUGCAGAUCUACAUCAUCUACGGCGCCACCGUGGUCUUCGUCGUGCCCUUCUGCAUCCUGUCCUACACCUACAGCCGCGUGCUGGCCAAAGUGUGGGUCCGGGCCCGGGCGGGAAGCCCCCGGGCACUCGCACGGCAGGCCGGAGGGAACAAGAAGCCUUCGCGCCGAGUGUCGUGCGUGGCGCAGGUUGGCAACCUCCUGCCGCGCGCCAAGGUGAAGACGCUGAAGAUGACGCUGGUGAUCAUCAUGGCGUUCGUGCUGUGUGGACUGCCCUACUUCAUCGUGGAGAUCAAGGUCGCCUUCGGCGGCAUGUCGAAGCUGGACAAUGACGUGUACGCCGUGCUGGGCGUCUUCGCUGUGGCCAACAGCGCCGUCAACCCCUUCGUCUUCCUCUUCUUCAACUCCACCAACAAGUUCAUCCACAGCCUGGAGCAGAGGUGCUGCUUCGCCUGCCUCAGCAAGAAGCGCGUCCGGGAGGGCGUCCGGCGGAUGGAGCUGGUGAUCGCCUCCUGGUCUCCCAGUCGCCGCGCCAGUAAACCGUCCAUAUCCCUCAGCACACACGUCCAGGAGAGGGGCAGGACUCGCAGCGCCAACCUGUAAGCUGUUGGCGAUGGAUCCACUGCAGCAGCAGAAGGUGGAGAGUUCGAAUCUCAGUAAACCCUCCAUAUCCCUCAGCACACACGUUCAGUAGCGGGGCAGGACCCUGAGACACUAGGGAAAUAGACACACUCGACCACACGGACAGCGACACCACCUUCCGGAUUAUUCUAACAUUGCAGCCAACAUUGCAGAAACAAAGUGCGAAACACUGAGCUUUUUAUAAGAAUGCUAUUCAGAUUACAAAAU